AUGGUAUCUGAUAAAAAGAAAACCAAACAUUUCAAGCGCAGCGAAAGUCUUCGCAUCAAAUUGUUAAGGAAAACGAUCAACAAAAAAGAAUUCAUCAAGUACAAAGAGCUUCAAAAAUCUACAGAAGACAUGAAGAAAUUAAUCCUGGAAUUUGAUAACGGAAGGGACCAGGAUGUAGAUAACUUAAGUUUUCUGAGAAGAGGUGGUUUAUCACCAUUAUUCGCAAGAACUUAUAGCACCAAUCAGAGUUUUACUAAUGUCAAGAAAAAUUCAUCCGGAACUAAUCCAUCCUCUUCUAAGGUUCACUUCCAUAAUAAAUUUAGGAAAGAAGAUAAAUUAAAAAAGAUAGCUACAGAGUUAUCAGAGAAAAUUGAAAUUCAUACGAAGAAUUUGAAUCAAAUGAGAGCGCGUCUGGAAAAACAUCAAAAUCUGAAAGUGAAUAAACAUAUAGAAAUGAAAAUGGAUACGUACGAUAUUUAA